CACGGCGGGGUCGCGCAGGCGCAGCACGGUCCGACCCGGGGCUGGUUGUCAUGAGAGCGGCGUCCGCGGGCAGGGCGGAGGGUGCGCCGCCUCCCCGGAGCAAGCCCGGCCCGAGGCCCCCGGCGCUGCCAGGCGCGGCCCGGACACCACAGGGACCCCGCUGCUCCUGAUCAAAGGCCCGCACCUGCAGGAUGCCCCACAAGAUUGGAUUUGUGGUCGUCAGCUCAUCGGGACACGAGGACGGCUUCAGUGCCCGGGAACUCAUGAUCCAUGCGCCCACUGUCAGCGGGUGGCGGUCACCCAGGUUUUGCCAGUUUCCACAAGAAAUCGUCCUUCAGAUGGUGGAGCGGUGCCGGAUCCGGAAGCUGCAGCUGCUGGCUCACCAGUACAUGAUCGCGAGCAAGAUCGAGUUCUACAUCAGUGAGCGCCUGCCCGAGUACUUCGUGCCGCACCAAGCAGAGCGCUUUCGGAGACUUGGCUACGUCUCCCUCUGCGACAAUGAGAAGACGGGGUGCAGAGCCCGGGAGCUCAAGUCGGUGCACGUUGAUGCAGUGGGGAGGUUUCUGAAGCUCAUUUUCCACCAGAACCACGUGAACAAGUACAACGUGUACAACCAGGUCGCUCUGGUCGCGGUCAACAUCAUUGGAGAGCCCGUGGAGUUCUGCGAGGACAGCACUGCCUCUUCCAGAGAGAAGCUCCUCGACCACUACCUCGGGCACGGCUCAGAGGACCCAGCCCUGGAAGGGACCUACGCCGGGAAAUCAGACUACAUCUCUCCACUAGACGACUUAGCUUUCGACAUGUACCAGGAUCCCGAAGUCGCACAGAUUAUCCGCAAGUUAGAUGAGCGGAAGAGGGAGGCAGUGCAGCAGGAGCGCUACGAUCAUGCCAAGAAGCUGAAGCAGGCCAUGGCCGACCUGCAGAAGGUGGGCGAACGGCUCGGGCGGUACGAGGUGGAGAAGCGCUGUGCUGUGGAGAAGGAGGACUACGACCUGGCCAAGGAGAAGAAGCAGCAGAUGGAGCAGUACCGCGCAGAGGCGUACGAGCAGCUGCAGCUGCACAGCCUGCUGGACGCCGAGCUGAUGCGAAGACCUUUGGAUUUGCCUGUCCAGCCCCUAGUUCGUUUGGGCAGUCCCCGCCACCAGAAACCAGUGCCCUCACUACCCCAGCCAGAGGAGAGAGUGCUGGAAAGCCACUUCGCAGAGCCUUACCUACAGGAAAAGCCAGCGUAUUCUGCCCCCGCUUCCCCACAGCAUCCUGCAGUGGCCCAGUUACCGCCAGCCACGAGGCCUCCUGCCAGAAGCAAUGCGGAGACCCUGCCCUACGAUGAACGGCCUCUGCCAGCCGCUCACCGGCAGCCAGGGGAGGCGCCGAGACAACCGGAGACGGGCGACCCAGGUGUUGGUGAGGCUGUGCCGAGGACGGGCCCUUCUGGGGAGCCGGAGCCCUUGACGGAGAAGGCCUUGAGAGAAGCCAGCUCUGCCAUCGAUGUGUUGGGGGAAAGCUUGGUCGCCGGGGCCUAUUCCAAGACGUGGUCCUACAGGGAAGAUGCGCUGCUCGCACUGUAUAAAAGGAUGAUGGAGAUGCCGGUGGGGACCCCCAAAGAGGACCUGAAGAACACACUCAGAGCGUCCAUCUUCCUCAUUAGAAGAGCCAUCAAGGACAUCGUGACCUCGGUCUUCCAGGCUUCCUUGAAACUGCUGAAGAUGGUCAUCACCCAGUACAUUCCCAGACACCGGCUGGGCCGCCUGGAGACCACUCACUGUGUGGAGAGGACUGUCCCUGUCCUGCUUGCCCGGACAGGAGACUCUUCUGGCCGCCUCCGCGUCCUAGCGUGCAACUUCAUCCAGGAAUUGGCCUUGUUUAAGGAGGUCAGCUCCCUGCAGAUGAUCCCGUCUUACUUGGUGCAGCCGCUGAAAGCCAGCUCCUCCACUCACCUGGCCAUGAGUCAGAUGGACCUGCUGGCCCGGCUGCUGAGGGACCUGGGCACCGAGGGCUCCGGCUUCACCGUGGACAGCGUGAUGAAGUUCUCGGUGAGCGCCCUGGAGCACAGAGUGUACGAGGUCCGGGAAGCGGCGGUGAGGGUCGUGCUGGAGCUGUACCAGCGGCACCCGGCCUCUGUCCUGGAGUACCUGCCCGCCGAGGACAGCAGCGCCCGCAGGAGCGUGCUCUACAAGACUCUGUUUGAGGGCUUCGCCAGGGUGGACGGCAGGCCCACGGACGCGGAGCUGCGGGCACAAAAAAAAGCAGCGACAGAAGCGGCAGAGAAACAGAAGAAAGAAGAAAUCAAAGCUUUACAGGAGCAGUUGGCAGCGCUGAAGGUAAGCCAGCCACAAGCCGAGGAGGAGGGCUCUGCUGCCGCCAUGGGGGAGCCACCGCACCAGGAUGUUCCGGACAAGAGGGCAGUCCCACCAGCCGCUCCAGCCCCUUUGGAGGAACACUUCCUGGACAAUCUCUGCAUUUUCUGCGGGGAGAGGAGCGAGGCGUUCACGGAGGAAGGCCUGGAUCUGCACUACUGGAAACACUGCCUCAUGCUGACACGCUGUGAGCACUGCCGACAGGUAGUGGAGAUCUCCAGCCUGACCGAGCACCUGCUGACAGAGUGUGACAGAAGGGAUGGCUUUGGCAAGUGCUACCGCUGCUGCGAGGCCGUCCUGAAGGAGGAGUUGCCCAGCCACAUAAAGACGAAGCAGUGCAACCCCGCCAAGUCAGAGAAGCUGGCAAACCGGUGCCCUCUGUGCCAUGAGAACUUCACGCCCGGAGAAGAGGCCUGGAAAGCUCACCUCAUGGGCCCUGCUGGCUGCACAAUGAACCUGCGUAGGACACACGUGCUGCUCAAGGCCCCAGGCCUGCCGCCAGGUAAAGGCUCCACCGUGGCCAAGGUCGGUGCCUUGGGACUGCGAGGCGGGAGCAAGAUCCCCACCCCAAAGGGAGGCCUGAGCAAGGGCUCCCACAGGAAGCACGCCAAGCGGUGACCUGGCAGCCGCUCUGUCCCUUUGUCCCCAGAGGGGCUGAGCGCCUCCUGAGGCUUAACCUUUUCUCCUGAAACCAUCCUGUCCUGGCAUCCUGGAGUCCGUGCCCUCCAGCCCUGGCUGCAGCAUCAACGACACGUGUGGAUCCAGCAAGCUAGCAGGGAGGGCCUCGCCACACUGCCCCUGAGCCUCAGGCGCUCGCUGCCCCAGCUGGCCAGGACCGACCACUCGGGCUGCUCAGCAGUGUCCUCUCCAAUGGUCACUUGGUGUGACUUCCAUGAAAAAGUCACAGCCAGCCUCUUGCGGGCAGGGGACUUUGGGCAGGGUCUGACAUGGCUGGUCAUGGCUGCAGGCCAGAGAGCGCCCAUCUACCAGGGCACCUGUCACAGGGGAGCUGGCCUCAGUGCCACAGAACCUGUGUGUCCCCCUGACCACAAAUAAAGCUACAAGGAAACUUCCAA